CAGAGACGCAUUAUUUGUUGAUAAUAGUCUAUUUUGUGUUUGGAAGGUAUUGGCAAUUUUGUACACUCCAAUUACCCGUAAUUUUUGUCAAAUUAGCUAUUCAUGCUAUGGUGUGUGCAUAUUUCGAAUGUAACGGGUUCGUAAUUAUUUUAGAUUCAAACCAUUUGCCGAAACGCGGCUGCAUGUUGAGCAAUUUCUUUCUGUGGUGAAAAAUUUGAAACGCACUAAAUGGUGUGUUUUCUGCUUAACCGGCAAACAUUGGCAAUCAGCUGAAGGGGUCGGACGCCGGUUCCAAGGAGUGUGUGAAUAUAUUUUCGCGCUACGGUGCUGGUAAUUAGAUUGCAUAUUAACUGGAUGUACUCGCAGUGGGUUGUGAGCGCAGUGGAGUGAUUCGCCAGUUGCGUUGUGGUUUCGUAAAAUACUUAAAACUUCACCUCGCUUACUUAUAGCGGAACCGCCAGAACAGUUUGUGGGAAUAACUGGUUCGAUACGUUAUUUUAUGGAUGAGCGGAACUUUCGCUAAGUGAAUUCAGUGAUUUUGCAAAUAUUGGAUGGGGUCCGUUCCAGGACUAUUCGUGGACUUGCUAGCAGUGAACGGGGCUGUUCGCAAAGGCUUCGGAACUUCGACAAAAAAGAGUCCGGUGCAUGAAGAGAAUAAAAUACUUCCCAGAAAAACAAAGGCAAAUCUUGUGUGAAUUGAGUUUUCCCACCUAAAUUUUGACCAGUUCAGACACAGGACGAAAUCCCAAUCUAAUCUUACAAAAAUCUCUCAUCCUGUCCUGUUGGAGUCGUGCGUUGGUUGGUAAUCAUCUCGUUUUGCACAAUAAGUUCAAGCUUUCAAUUGAAGGACACGCAAUUCUGUUUUCUCCAGUCACUUCGGUUUCCUGUAUUGAGAUUUGGAAUUUUGAUUUGCAUCAUAUCUGGAUGAACAGUUAGUGAAAGUGUUUCCUUUAGUUCCUUCAGGACGACCUAUUUCGGUGUGUUGCUGCUCAUCUACACCGUAAGGAACUAAGUGUUCAACGUUCCACUAACGGCAUCGUUAAGCGAAGUCUCGAAAACAAUCUAAUUAAAAAAAUCACUUGAACUUUGUUAGAGUGUGAUUUGAUAAUCCCAAGUGGAAUAAAACUUAUUUUGGAAUUACGAAGAUUUUGCGUUCGCUAACCGGCGAUUCACAAAGAAAUGGCGGAAAUCACGUGCAAGGGAUGCAGAUUGUCCCAGACCGACUAUAUUUCAAAAUUAGCAUUUAACGAACACGAGUUGAUAAAUUUCUUAAGUGCUCAUGGGGUUAUUCUGAAGGAGUUGAAGUGCCCCAAAUGCGGUUCUGACCUUAAGCUUGGUAAAGACUUCUUCUGGCGUUGCCAAAAGACUCGAAUUUUUUAUAAAGGCAAGAAGAAGUUGAAGAAGAAAUGCAAUUUUAAGCAGAGCCUAAGGAAAAACACCUUUUUCGAAAAAUCAAAGUGGAGUAUAGAGCUAAUUUGCACGUACGCAAUGUACUACAUUACGAUAAAUCCUCCGAAGUAUCCAUUUUUGCUUGAAGAGUUCAACGCAAGCCCCCACUCAGUCGUGAGUUGGAAUAGUUUUCUCCGAGAAGUCCUCUUGGAAUGGGGAUUUCGAAACACAACGAUGGAGAAAUUAGGUGGGGUAGGGAAAACAGUUGAAAUCGGCGAAGCAAAAAUGGAGAAGCGCAAAUAUAAUCAGAGUCGUAUUAUUGAGGGUCAGUGGGUUGUUGGUGGGGUAGAGCGGAAUUCAAAAAAAAUUUUCAUAGUUGACAUGCCGGAUAGAACACAUGAAAGUCUUCUUUCCAUAAUACUUGAAAAAAUUGAGGAAGGCACGAAAAUUAUAUCGGAGUGCUGGCCGUCAUGUUCCUGGCUUGAAGAAUAUGGAUUCAUUUACGAAACUAUAAAUCCUUCUAAAAAAUUCAUUGACCCUCAAUUUGGUGCCCACACAGAAAACAUUGAGGGGGAUUGCGGGGAGUUAAGGUCAAAAAUUCCCAAAGCAGGCAGAAAAAAAGAAUACUAUGCCGGCUAUUUGGCUGAAUAUAUGUUCCUAAGAGCUUACCCUAAUUUCCGCGAUAGAGCGCAUGAACUGUUCAAAGCAAUCGGGCAGCUAUAUAAUCCUUCAGAGAUCUUAAAUCUUAAUAAUAUAUUUUUUUCUGGUUUAAUUUAA